CCUUCUCAGAUUCCGGCAUCCCCCACCCCCUUUAUUUUAUUUUUCAAAAUUAAUAAAAUUUAUUUUAUUUUAUUUUUUCUUUUCUUUAUAUAUAACGCUGAACCUUUUGUCUUCCUCAUCCUUAACGAACAGAACAGAACAGAACAUUUUUCACAAGUGCGCACGUUAGCAACACACACAUUGUACCUUGUUCUCGUGAGAGACCCACCUCUGUUUUCACCUUUCCUCUUCUUUCCCACACACAUUGCGUGGUGGCCACUUUUCUCACAGAGUUUGCAGGGUACUACUACUCUGUUCAUUCCUAGCCAACAACCAACAACGUUAACUCAAACCAACCAUGUUGCACUGUCUCAACACUUCAGGGACUGUGGGAGGUGGAGGAGGAGGAGCUUGUUCCGACAUGACAGUGCUGGAAAGGCAAAGGGUAAGCAGCAAGAAGUGGCAGCAUGAGCAGGAGCAUGAGAAUCAAGGCUAUUUUUGUGGUGGUGGUGCUGAUUCUGCGCUUGGUGAGGUGGUGGCUCGCUCUGUGAAACCUGACCCGGGUUUUGAAAACGGGUGGCCUGAAUUGGGAAAGUUUGUUGUUGCGGGAUUCGGGUCUGGGUUUGAUGCUAGCUCUGCAAUUUCAAGGACUUGUAGCAAUGGUGACUUGGUUUCUGCUACCAAGAAGAUGAUGGGUUCCGUGAGUGGGAAAGAAAGCUUGAAGAAGAGGAAAGCUGAUAAUAAGGCUCAGAAUUCCAAUUCCAAGGUUUUUGUGGAGAGUGAUAGCAAAGACAAGAGGAUCAAAGUGAGUGGUGAGGAAGGGGAAUCCAAAACCACAGAGAAAACCAGCAACAAGAAUACCAAGUCCUGCACAAACAGAAACAGCAGGGAAACUUCUGAGGAUACUUCCAAGGAGAAUUCAAAAGGGUCUGAGGUUCAGAACCAAAAGCCUGAAUACAUUCAUGUCCGAGCACGUCGUGGUCAAGCCACGGAUAGUCAUAGCUUAGCUGAAAGGAUUAGAAGGGAGAAAAUUAGCGAGAGGAUGAAGUAUUUACAAGAUUUAGUACCCGGUUGCAACAAAAUUGCAGGAAAAGCUGGAAUGCUUGAUGAAAUCAUUAACUACGUUCAGUCUCUUCAACGACAAGUUGAGUUCCUGUCAAUGAAAUUAGCUGCUGUAAAUCCAAGGCUUGACUUCAACAUUGAUGAAUUGUUUGUCAAAGAGGUGUUUCCUGCUUGUGCUCAAAGUUUUCCAUCCAUAGGGAUGCAAUCAGACAUGACCAACCACCCCGCAUAUCUACAAUUCAAUUCAGCACAACAACUUGUUUCCUAUUGUGGUGGAUUAGUAAACAACACAGAGAUAAUCCCUACGGAUAUGGGGGUUCGAAGGAACAUGAAUGUCCCUGUAUCUAUGCCUGAAACGUUUCUUGACUCAUCAUGUUUCACUCAAAUUCUACCCUCCUUAUCAUGGGAAGGUGAUUUCCAAAACCUCCAAAGUGUGGCUUUUGACCAAGGAAGAUCAUCAUCCUUUCCUUCUCAGCCAUUUACAGAUUUGGUUGAAGCCAGUGACCUGAAGAUGGAGAUGUAAAGCAGAUCUUCAAUUAUUAUUUGUUGGAUGAGCUCACUCCAAAUGAAUGCUUCUCAUCAAGAUUCUUUUUCAUUUCAAGUACAUAACAUAUAUUUGUUGUACACUGCUCCGUAGUAUAAAUAAGAUGAUAUUAAUACCUGUUAACUUCAAUCACCUUUUGAACAAAAAGAAAAGGUUGAUUUAUGAGCAGAUAUGUGGCUAGGCGUCUAAACCAAUGUACAUAAGGGUAAUUGAUGGCAAGCUUAUGCUGUUGCCUUCGGUAAAAUGAAAGUAACUUCAAGUGAAUGCAAUGAGAAGUUGUCAAACAAAAGUUUUAUCAAAAUUUUGUUAAGAGUGCUUGACUUGUAAACUUGUAAGAGUGUUUAUCCAAAAUAAAGUGCAAUAGUAUUUAGUA